CUCAGGCCAGGCCAACUUCGUCAACUUCGUGCGAUAUCUCCCGUCUGUGUCUUUUCCUGGACUAUGACCUUCUUGUCCGAACGUCAGAAGUAGUCAGAACCGUAGUGGCUAGUACUAUCAAUGGUGCUCCGGUGUUAAUUCAAUUUUGAGCAUCGCCUCCUCAGCGGAAAGGACGAACCGAAAGAUGGCUGUGGCUGCCAGGUCGCUCACAAAAUUCGCUGUUAGAAACUGUGGAAGUUUAAUACGCUCUCAGGUGAGAUUUAAUUACACAGAAACUAGGAAGAAUUUAAAAAUCGAUGCAAAUACCAAAGUGAUAUGUCAAGGUUUUACUGGAAAGCAAGGGACUUUCCACUGCCAGCAGGCGCUCGAUUAUGGUACAAAGAUAGUAGGCGGAGUUAGUCCCAAGAAGGCUGGAACAGAGCAUCUUGGCAAACCAGUGUAUAAAUCUGUUAAGGAGGCGAAAGAAGCGACUGGAGCUACUGCGACAGUCAUUUACGUUCCUCCUCCGGCCGCGGCGUCAGCCAUUAUGGAAGCAAUUGACGCAGAAAUGCCAUUAAUUGUUUGUAUUACGGAAGGUAUUCCUCAACAUGACAUGGUCAAAGUGAAAAGGCGAUUACUCGAACAAAAUAAGUCACGUUUAAUUGGUCCGAACUGCCCUGGAAUAAUAGCACCUGAACAGUGUAAAAUUGGUAUUAUGCCUGGUCAUAUACAUCAAAAAGGAAAGAUUGGCAUUGUCUCGAGAUCGGGAACCCUAACUUACGAGGCUGUGAAUCAAACGACGCUUGCGGGACUUGGGCAAACGUUAUGCGUUGGUAUUGGCGGCGAUCCGUUCAACGGUACCGAUUUCAUCGACUGUUUGAAUGUAUUUCUCACCGAUCCAGAUUGCGAUGGUAUUAUAAUGAUAGGAGAGAUUGGUGGCAGCGCAGAGGAAUUGGCAGCGGAAUAUCUCAUCGAAAAGAAUACUGGUGGAAAAGCUAAGCCAGUGGUAUCAUUUAUCGCUGGUAUUACUGCACCACCCGGACGAAGAAUGGGACACGCUGGUGCCAUAAUCUCAGGGGGGAAAGGUGGAGCGCAAGAUAAGAUUAAUGCACUCGAAAAAGCUGGUGUAAUAGUAACAAGGAGUCCCGCACAAAUGGGUAACGAACUUCUAAAGGAAAUGACACGGCUCGGCUUGAUUUGUAAUUAAAGCACACACUACUAUAAUUCUGUGUAGUUCUCUUCUUGUCCGUGUAAAAUGUCUUCGUGAAAAAUAAAUUGAAAGUAUGCCAUACAGCAAUAACUCACAGAAGAUAGUAGUGCAUUGGAGCAUAAAAAUUAUUUCACUUGCUAAUAUUAUAUCAAUUGUCCUGAUUAUUAUAGGACGUUGAUCAAUGCUAAAGAUUACAUAGAAGAUAACUGAUAUUUUUUAAAGAGCUGGAUUUAUUUUAAUAGCCAACAACCUUUAUGAUACUUUUACAGAAUUACGUGUUACGUUAACAGUGACAGAUGUCCAAGAAUAAUUUACAAAUUAUCCAAGGGAACGUUAUAACUGCCAUUGAUCUGUCACAAUUUGACUAACUGCAGAGUUAUAAAUUUUUCUAUAUCAUGUAAACAUAGUUUUGAGGGACGGUUGUGUUUAAGUGUAUAAUAUACUAUUAUUGUAUAAAUUACAUCAACCAUAUAAUAUAUUACAGUAAUGAAUUUAAACUUUAUGGAAUAUGUAUCCAUAUUGUAAAACAUGUUAAGAAUUCAAAUAUAUAUGAAUAUUGCUGCUUGUU